AGGAUGAGUAAUCAGAGAAAGAGACCCAACGGAGAAAGAGAAGAAGACGAGGAGGAGGACGAUGCGGAAGGUAUCGGCGGGUGGGAGAGAGAUUAUGUUGACGAAAGAUCCUGGGAGGCCUUGCAAGAGGAUGAGUCUGGGCUUUUACGGCCAAUUGAUAGCAGUGCCAUUUACCAUGCUCAGUAUCGCCGCCGUCUACGUAUGCUCUCCGCCGCCGCAGCUGGAACUCGUAUCCAGAAGGGGCUUAUUCGCUAUCUUUACGUCGUCAUUGACUUCUCUCGGGCAGCUGCUGAAACGGAUUUCAGACCAAGCCGGAUGGGCAUAAUGGCGAAACAUGUUGAAGCUUUCAUUAGAGAGUUCUUUGACCAGAAUCCUCUGAGUCAGAUCGGUUUGGUUUCUAUAAAAAAUGGGAUAGCGCAUACCCUAACAGAUCUUGGUGGGAGUCCUGAAUCACAUAUACAAGCGUUGAUGGGAAAGCUGGAAGCCGCGGGUGACUCCUCUUUGCAGAACGCCCUAGAGCUUGUGCAUGAGCAUCUCAACCAGAUUCCGUCUUAUGGUCAUCGCGAGGUUCUGAUAUUGUAUUCAGCUCUAAGCACCUCUGAUCCAGGAGAUAUCAUGGAGACCAUUCAGAAAUGCAAGAAAUCAAGAUUAAGAUGUUCUGUUAUUGGACUCUCUGCAGAAAUGUUUAUAUGCAAACACCUUUGCCAAGAAACUGGUGGAUUGUAUUCUGUUGCAGUAGAUGAGGUGCAUCUAAAGGAUCUGCUUCUUGAACAUGCACCUCCACCUCCGGCAAUUGCAGAGUUUGCAAUUUCUAAUCUGAUUAAGAUGGGGUUCCCACAAAGAGCAGCUGAGGGUUCAAUGGCAAUCUGUUCGUGUCAUAAGGAAGUUAAGAUCGGAGCUGGUUACACGUGCCCGAGAUGCAAAGCACGUGUAUGUGAGCUUCCUACGGAAUGCACUAUCUGUGGUCUGACACUUGUUUCGUCUCCACAUCUUGCAAGAUCAUACCAUCAUCUCUUCCCAAUUGCUCCAUUUGAUGAGGUUCCUACUCUUACAAGUUUGAAUGAUCCUCGGAGAAAAUUGGGAAAGAGUUGUUUUGGCUGCCAACAGAGCCUACUUGGUGGAGGGAACAAGCCAGGGCCAUGCGUAACAUGUCGUAAAUGUAAGCACUAUUUCUGUCUGGACUGCGACAUAUACAUUCAUGAAAGUUUGCACAACUGUCCUGGCUGCGAGAGCAUUCACCGUCCCAAAUCAGUUUCGAUGGAAGAGUGAGAGAAUGUGUUUUGCACACACUAUUUUUUCGAACAUGAAUCAUCUUUGUCUAAGAAAGAGGUUACAUAUAUUCUCUCCUUUUUUCUAAUUUCAGUUCAACUCCUAAAUAUAUGUUACAUUUUCAUUGGAACACUUGACAACUAAAAUUUUGAAAGGGGAUCCAAAGCCA